GUAAAGCUACGUUUGCUUCAUGUGUGUCUAUUGGUUGCACCACCAAAUUUUAUGCAAAACCGGGAGAGGCCAGUGGCAGUGACUAUAUACCGCCCAAAACCCACGAAGCUCAACAAUGCCAAAACGAAUAGAGAGAUUGAAACAGUCUCUCUUGUUAAUUCCGCUCUGUGGGAACUAACAUAUUCGAAGUUUCCCUCAGCACCUGGACCCGGACCCAAGCAACGACAAGCAGCAUUGCUCCAGCCAUGGAAUCAAGAGACAAAGCCUCGCCUCCACCAAAGCCCGCCAAGUUCUCAGUGUACCAGAACCCAUCCUUGUCCGCCGCCCUCACCGCCAGUAGCCUCCGGCCUUCGAAGCAUGCACUCCUCUGUAUCUUCUUUCUCUCCUCCGCCUCCGCCGUCGCCUUCAUUGCCAUGUUUUCCAGGGAAAAUGGGAUUGUUGACAAUUUGAAGCUCAAAAAUCUUUCCCAAGAGGCAGCCUAUUUGUUUUCCAAAGCAAUACAGACCUUCAUGGGCUUGAUAUUUUUGGGUACUCUAUUUGCACUAUUUAGAGCCAUCUCACUGAGAAAUGCCGCACCCUCAAAAGGAAAUAGUGACAAACCACGCCUUACAAAUCAUCAACUAGGACUUUUGGGAAUUAAGCCAAAGGUUGAGCAAGUCGUAUCAGAGUCUUCAAAGAAACCUCCCAAGUCUAAACCCCACAUGUCUUCCCCUUCGGAUGUACUUGUUCCACUUCAUCAGCCAAUCACCAGUUCAAAUCGUUUGUCUCGAAUCAGCGCGAAUAAGUCAAACAUCAGUGGAGGAACUAAGAUGGGAUCUAUCAGUAGCCCUUCUAAAUCACCCGGUUCUACAUCUUCUUUGUAUCUUGUGUCGGGAGGUGUUUCACCACUGUCUUCUGUUCAGAAUUCACCUGGAGUAGAUUCAGCGGUCUCCACCCCUUGGUCAAGCAAGCGAGCAUCUACAAGAGAGAUAAUGUCAGAAGAAAAGUUUGAAAGGUUCUUGGCAGAGGUGGAUGAAAAAAUCACAGAAUCAGCGGGGAAACUGGCAACUCCACCCCCCACCAUUAGAGGCUUUGGUGCAGCCAGUCCAAGUUCAGCUAACACAUCUGGAAAUACUAGGAGUACACCAUUGAGGCCUGUGAGGAUGUCUCCAGGUUCUCAGAAGUUCACAACUCCCCCAAAGAAAGGAGAGGGCGAGCUUCCUCCACCUAUGUCCAUGGAAGAAUCUAUUCAUGCAUUUGAGCGUUUGGGCAUCUAUCCUCAAAUUGAGCAGUGGCGUGACAGCCUCAGGCAAUGGUUUUCUUCGGUUUUGCUUAAUCCUCUACUUGACAAGAUUGAAACCAGUCAUAUUCAGGUAAUCCAAGCAGCUGCCAAACUUGGGAUGUCAAUUUCAAUUAGUCAAGUUGGAAGUGAUUUACCGACUGCAAGAACUGCUACAGUGUCUUCAAAUGAUAGGACUAAGGAAUGGCAGCCAACAUUAACUCUUGAUGAAGAUGGACUUAUGCAUCAAUUACGAGCUACUCUCGUCCAGGCUAUUGAUGCUUCGGCCUCCAAGCUGCCUCAAGCCAAUCUGCAACAAACCCCACAGCAGAAUCCGUUGGUCCCUAUUAUGCAGGAGUGUGUGGAUGCAAUCACUGAACACCAGAGGCUUCAUGCAUUGAUGAAGGGAGAGUUAGUUAAAGGUCUUCUACCGCAAAGCAGCAUUCGAGCAGAAUAUACAGUACAAAGGAUUCGAGAGCUUGCUGAAGGAACCUGUUUGAAGAAUUAUGAAUAUCUUGGAAGUGGAGAAGUAUAUGAUAAAAAGCACAAUAAGUGGACUCUUGAGCUGCCAACUGAUUCUCACUUGCUCUUGUAUUUGUUCUGUGCUUUCCUGGAGCAUCCAAAGUGGAUGUUGCAUGUGGAUCCUGCAUCCUAUGCUGAAGCUCGUUCUAGCAAAAAUCCCCUAUUCUUGGGAGUCCUACCUCCAAAAGAAAGGUUUCCUGAGAAGUACAUAGCUGUCGUAUCUGGUGUCCCUUCUGCUCUCCACCCUGGAGCGUCUGUACUUGUUGUUGGAAGGCAAAGCCCCCCAGUUUUUGCCUUGUAUUGGGAUAAGAAAUUGCAGUUUUCUCUUCAGGGAAUGACGGCACUGUGGGAUUCGAUUUUGCUUCUGUGCCACAGGAUUAGGGUUGAAUAUGGGGGGAUUGUUCGGGGAAUGCAUCUUAGUUCUUCAGCCCUGAGCAUCCUCCCUGUUCUGGAAUCAGAAGCUGAGGACUGACUGAACCAAAAUACCCCCUUGCAAUUGCCUUCUUAUGGCAUACAUCAUCAACAGGUCCCCUGAACCAGUAUAUCAACAGUUCAUCAAGGAAUUUGUUUCAUUGCUGAACUUGCCAGACGGCGUAGGAUCUUUUCUUUCUGAUAUGAGGACUGUUCAAAGCUAAGGUUCCAUUUGACGGAUAGGAUUAUUCUGGAGAUGAUUGACUUGGACUAUCCUGAAGAUUAUUCUGCCUGUCUGCAGAUCCAGUAUCUCCCUAGUCAUAAGUUAAGGGUCCAUUUGGAUGGGAUAAUGUAGAACGAUUUGGAUUUUGACAAUAUGAAUAGAUUAGUUUUAAAAAAA